AUGAAAGAAUCUCUAUAACAAACGAGUCAAAUCUACCUUGAUCAAUAUUAGCAUGUAACAAGGAGAACAGAAAACCUCAAAUUCUCUUUAAGUUCCACAAAAAUGAGUAGAUUGAGGAUCUUUAUGUAAAGGAAACAGCGUAUCGAUAAAUAAUAUUGUCAAACUUUGGAACAUUAUCAAUAAGCAGAGUAAUUCAAACUUACACCAUUAUUAGUAGAACUCCUAGAUAUGCUAGAUAUUAUGUCCAAACAUUGCAAAAGAGUAACAAGGAAUUAACAAAUUAAAUCGAAAUUUUCGACUUAAAAAGAUGGACAAGAAUUGUUAUAAUUGAAUAUUAAGCAAACAGAUGAAUUACAUGUUGAUGAUCAAUGUGCUACAGCAGAACAACCAGCACACAUUUUAUAAUUGAAAGCAUUUCUGAUUUACUCUAAUAAGAAGAACUCUACUUCUUAAGGUAGCAUGGGGGCUGACUGCAUAAAAUCCCCAGUUGUUUUAUAAUGGUGCAGUUUAAAUUUAUAUUACAUCGAUCCCCAAAUUCUCAGAAUGCACAUAAUUUAGCUUCUCCUGUUUUUGGUCUGUAUAAGUUUACUCGUCUUGUUCUAAUUCUUAAGACUAAAAUAUUUGCUAUAGAGAGACACUAGAAUGAACAAAUAAAGAUAGUUAAAUCAAUGGCUUUAAUGA